AUGGUGACCCCUUUUGAAAUCACACUGCCACUGUAUCGACCGGUGCUUUCUGUGGUUCCUGGCAUUGCUGUCUAUUUCUGUCUACGUUCAGCUUCUGGGAUGCUGUAUUCUCUCGUUUCAAGGCUCCAUUUGGCCCUCUCUGAUGACGGGAGUGAGCCGCAGAAGGGGGGGAAGCCAUCUGCAGGCGGUUGCACCGUGCAACGAUGUUUGACGCCCAUUCCGGGUAUGGCGUCCUGCAGGAAGACGAAACCGUCGCACUGCGAACUGCACCUUCGCACGAGGCCCUCACUAAACCUUAACUGUUCGCUUAGAUCGUCCUUAUUGUUCGACGUUUGGCAUUGGGCCAUUUCUGCCGAAUUCGUACAUUUAUGUGACGGUUGCAUGUCAACGCCCCACACUCAACUUUGCCCGAACUGCUGCUGUGUUUCUUGCUUGCAGGUGUCCCAGCUAUUAUUUGCCAUCAAUAGAAGAUAUGGUAUUGUGGUGUGUUUCUGA